AUGUGGCUUUAUGGAGGGCGAGACGAUACUUUUGAAAGUUUUUUCUAUGAAGGGCGUGAUGAGAAUUGGGAAGAAAUUCAAGUUGGGUCGAGGUUCAUUGGCCCAUUUGAGGUGUUGGAGAGAGUCAAAGAGGUUGCUUAUAAGUUUGCUUUGACUCCUAGUCUGUUUGGAGUUCAUCCGGUAUUUCAUGUUUCUAUGCUCCGGAAGUAUAAUGAAGAUAAAUCGAAUGUAGUGGACUUCAACACAAUGCAGAUUAAUGAGAAUUUGACUUAUAUAGAAGAGGUGAUAGCUAUUAUAGAUCGGCAGGUUAGAAUGUUGAGAUCUAUGAAAGUUUCUUCCGUGAAAGUGCUUUGGAAAGGGCAACCAUCUAAGGAGGCUAUUUAG